GAUCUAAGUGUAAACAGUCCGCAGCGACAGAAGUGUGUGAGGUGAAGACUUUGUCUGGCAUGUACUUCGCCGUGGCUCAGAUUUCAGAGUCGGGUGAAAACGACAAUGGGAAGUGUGGUGUGUGUGUGUCAGUGACAGCGUGAUGUGUGGGUCAGCGUGCGUUGCGUUUGUUUGCGCUGUUGUAAAAAAGCAGCAGGAAGCGGCUUAAAACAUCACAUGCAGCUCCACGGAGGGGCCUGAGCGAGAGCUGCCCUGACUGAACACUGGAUUUUACCCCACGGGACUGGAAAACAGGGUCCAUGGAGGAGCUGGAACCAGAGGAGCAGUUCCUGCAAUACGCCCGGAACGGAGAUGUUCCCGGUCUGCAGAGACUCCUCAUGUCCAAGAUUAGAGAGGAGGUGCAGCUCAACAUCAACUGCAAAGGUAAAAGUAAGUCUAACCUGGGAUGGACGCCUCUUCACUUGGCCUGUUAUUUUGGCCACAAAGAUGUAGUGGAAGAACUGCUCAAGGCAGGGGCGAACGUGAACUUGCCCAAUAAUAUUGGAGAUACGCCGCUGCACAAAGCUGCCUUCACAGGAAGAAAGGAGGUUGUCAUGCUGCUGCUGCACUAUGAUGCAUGUGCUACUGUCAUCAAUGGGACAGCUCAGAUUCCCAAAGAUGUCACUCAGAAUACAGAGAUCAGAAGCAUGUUGGAAGCGGCUGAGAGAACAGAGGAGAGGAAACUGGAGGAGAAACUUUUAGAAGCUGCACGUGAAGGAGACCUUUUAACACUAACUAAGCUGCUCAGCAGGAAGAAGCCUCCAGAUAUCAACUGCACAGAUCUGCUGGGUAACACUCCGCUGCAUUGUGCUGCCUAUCGAGGCCAGAGGCAGUGCGCCCUGAAGCUGCUCAAAAGUGGAGCCAACCCCAAUUCAAAGAACAAAAAUGGCCAGACAGUGUUUGACCUAGCCAAUGAUACAGCAAUGAAGCAGUUUCUGGAAGGCAACCUUCAUCGAGGUUUGACCCGUCGUGUCAAGAAGUAUGAAGGGCUCCUUUGGAAGAGUUCUAGAUUUUUUGGCUGGCGCUCCUACUGGGUCGUCCUUCAGGACGGAGUCUUAUCCUGGUACUCCAAACAGUCAGAUGCCACUGCCAAUGUGAGAAGACAAGGCUGUAAGUCCCUCACAAAUGCUCACUGCUUGAUAAGAGCCAAGGAUAACUGCUUUUUUACCCUCAAGUGCUUUGAUGACAGCGUGCAUCACUUCAAAGUAUCACCUAAAACUGAGCCAGAAGCAACAAGAAAAGCUUGGCUUGAUGCGAUGGAAGAGCAUUCAGCUUAUAGCACACAUUACUGCUCCCAAGAGCAAGGAAGUGAAGAGGAGGAAGAGGAAAAAGUGAUGUCACUCGGGGAGCUAACGGACUCACUACAGGCAGCAGAGGUCAGCCAGAAGAAGCUAGAGAAGGAGGUGGCGGCUUUCUUGUCCAUGCUGAAAAAUGAUGGGCUGUCAGAACGAUUUCCAUCAGGUGUACUGCAAAAAAUGCAAGAAAUCUGUGAGCUGUCCAGUGAGACCACCUCCAGUCUUAGUUUAUGUCUCAGCCUCUUCUCCAAGCAAGAAGGGGUGCGCAGUCUGAAAUUGGAGCAGGAGGUAGAGAAGAAUAAGAUCCUCUCUGAAGCGCUGCAGACUCUCGCCACAGAGCACCACGAACUUGAGCAAUCCGUCUUCGAGGGAUCUUCACCGCGGAGUGCCCUCAGUGAGGAUGAGUUCCACGACGCUGUGUCUGAAUCAGACUCAGAGCUCUCACUGAGCGGCUUUGAGACCGUGGCCAGCCAUUCCUUUGAGGAGGACGAGGAGGACGAAGGCUCUGUCAUGCUAAGCAGCACUUGCAGCAGCCCCACCACCAGCAUGUUGCAGGAGGAUCACCAUGGAGACGGGGAUGAGACUCAACCCAAUGGGAUAACAAAGCAUAGGUCGAGCUUACCUGCGCCGAUGUUUUCAAGAAAUGACUUCAGCAUCUGGAGUAUCCUGAAGAACUGCAUUGGAAUGGAGCUCUCUAAGAUUACAAUGCCAGUUAUUUUCAAUGAGCCACUCAGCUUUUUGCAGCGUCUGACAGAAUACAUGGAGCACAUGUACCUCAUCCACCAAGCCAAUUCUUCCACAGAUUCAAUUGAGAGGAUGAAGUGUGUGGCUGCAUUUGCAGUAUCUGCUGUGGCUUCCCAGUGGGAGCGGACAGGUAAACCCUUCAACCCACUGCUUGGAGAAACAUAUGAACUGGUCAGAGAGGAUCUCGGGUUCAAGCUCAUAUCGGAGCAGGUGAGCCACCACCCUCCAGUCAGCGCCUUCCAUGCUGAAGGCCUGAAGCAAGACUUUGUGUUUCAUGGAUCCAUCUACCCCAAACUUAAGUUCUGGGGAAAGAGCGUGGAAGCUGAGCCAAAAGGCAUCAUAACACUGGAGCUGCCCAAACACAACGAAGCUUACACAUGGACAAAUCCUACAUGUUGUGUUCACAACAUCAUUGUAGGUCAGCUGUGGAUUGAGCAGUAUGGAAAUGUGGAAUUGAUCAACCACAGAACUGGUGAAAAGUGUUUUCUGAAUUUCAAACCGUGUGGACUUUUUGGAAAAGAGCUGCACAAAGUUGAAGGUUACAUACUAGAUAAAAGCAAAAAGAAGCUGUGCGCGCUCUAUGGGAAGUGGACCGAGUGCCUAUAUGUUGUAGAUCCGGCUGCCUUUGAGGCCCACAAGAAAAAUGACAAAAAAGCGGCCGAGGAGAAGAAAGCAAGUAAAGCGGGUUGCAGUGUGGAUCAGGAGGCGGUUCCCUCACAGGCUGCAGACACUGUGGAGGUGAUUCCUGGCAGCCAGCUGUUGUGGAGAAUCGCACCCAGACCAGUCAACUCUGCCCAGAUGUACAGCUUCACGUCCUUCGCGAUGCAGCUGAACGAGCUGCGUAAGGAAAUGGAGGGCGUGAUUCCCCAGACGGACUGCAGGCUCAGACCAGAUAUAAGAGCCAUGGAGAACGGCGACAUCGACCUCGCCAGCGAGGAGAAGAAGAGACUCGAGGAGAAACAAAGGGCUGCUCGCAAAAAUCGCUCCAAAUCUGAUGAAGAGUGGAAGACAAAGAACCCUCCCCUGGGCCCGAGGUGGUUUCAACAGGGGCAAAACCCCCACACCCGCUCCUCGGACUGGCUCUUCUCUGGUGGAUAUUGGGACAGGACAUACAGCCAGCUCCCAGAUAUUUACUAAUGGUCAUUUCCUGCACAGAGUAGUUAGCACCUGUACCAUGAAGAGCAGCAUUAACUGUUUGUUUUUCUGUUUUUUAUAAUCAGAUUAACUACAAUGAUUAUGAACAGUAUGAGAAAUAUGUACCUAAACAGUGUGGCCUUAACCUACUUUAUGGCAAAUAAAUCUGUGCAGACAAAUGUCAUUAAUCAGUAGUUGCUUGAUGAUGCUUUGAAAUAUAGCAUUUGUAUUUCCACUGAAACCAGUUUGUUUCAGUAUAUUAUGGACUUUUGGCACCUGGACAGUUUUUUGUUUUUUUGUUUUUUUAGUGUACAUCUAUCUUCUUUUAAAUGUUCAUAAUUGUAUAUCUGUAUAUAUCCUUUCCACAACUUGAGCCUCAUCUUAUUAUUCACUACUCCUUUAUGGUCUAGAGUAAAAUUUACAAAACCAUGACUUGGUCGUAAGUCUUUUUACCUCUUGUAUUUUUCUUUGUAAAGUAAAAAACAAGUAUAUUUUCUGUGUUAAUAACACUCUGAUGACCUGACACUAGUUUUAUUUCUUUUUAUUUUUUAAUCUUACUGUCUCUGUUGUGUUCAGUACUGCCCAAACCGUGUAAAAAAGAUUUGACCUUUUUUUUUUGCUGAAGAUUAAAAAAAGUAAAUAUGUACAAACUGAGAAAAAUAUUAGUUGGGUUUUAUGAGGUUACAUGAUUGAAAAUAUCAUUAUUUAAAAUUAUUUUGCCCCCUAUGGAACACCUGAAGUAUUUUAUUGUAAUCUAAAUAAAACAUUUCAAUGUA